AGCCCUAAGCUGUCUGGCAGUCGGGAUACCCUCUCCUGCUGGCACCCGCAGACGCCCCUGCAGCCGCGGCCGAAGCCGGGGCACCCUCGCCCUGAGAGCGUCGGAGCCCUGCGCGGCGGCGCGCAUUCCACCUCCGCGCCUUGUUCGCGGAGCAGGACCAGGGAGAGAGAACCGCCGGUCGAGUUCUGGGCACUGCGCCCGGCGCGAGGUGCGGGAUGGAGAGCAAGGCGCUGCUGGCCUUUGCUCUGUGGCUCUGCGUGGAGACCCGGGCUGCCUCUGUGGGUUUGUCUAGCGUUUCUCUUGAUCCACCCAGGCUCAGCAUAAAAAAAGACAUACUUACAAUUAUGGCUAACACAACGCUUCAAAUUACUUGCAGGGGUCAGAGGGACUUGGACUGGCUUUGGCCCAACAAUCAGAGCGGCUCUGAGAAAAGAGUGGAGGUGAAGGAUUGCAGUGACAGUGCCUUAUGUAAGACGCUCACCAUUCCAAAAGUGAUCGGAAAUGAUACUGGAGCCUACAAGUGCUUCUACCGGGACACUGACAUGGCCUCCGUCAUCUAUGUGUAUGUUCAAGAUUACAGAUCUCCAUUUAUUGCUUCUGUCAGCGACCAACAUGGAGUUGUGUACAUCACUGAGAACAAAAACAAAACUGUGGUGAUUCCGUGUCUGGGGACCAUUUCAAACCUCAAUGUGUCACUUUGUGCAAGGUAUCCAGAAAAGAGGUUUGUUCCUGAUGGUAACAGAAUUUCCUGGGACAGCAAGAAAGGCUUCACUAUUCCCAGCUACAUGAUCAGCUAUGCUGGCAUGGUCUUCUGUGAAGCAAAAAUUAAUGAUGAAAGUUACCAGUCUAUUAUGUACAUAGUUGUGGUUGUAGGGUACAAGAUUUAUGAUGUGGUUCUGAGCCCCCCUCACGGAGUUGAGCUGUCUGUUGGAGAGAAGCUUGUCUUAAAUUGUACAGCAAGAACUGAACUAAAUGUGGGGAUUGACUUCAAUUGGGAAUACCCUUCUUUGAAGCAUCAGCAUAAGAAACUUGUAAACCGGGACCUAAAAACCCAGUCUGGGAGUGAGAUGAAGAAGUUUUUGAGCACCUUGACUAUAGAUGGUGUAACCCGGCGUGACCAAGGGUGGUACACCUGUGCCGCUUCCAGUGGGCUCAUGACCAAGAGGAACAGCACAUUCAUCAGGGUCCAUGAAAAACCUUUUGUUGCUUUCGGUAGUGGCAUGGAAUCUUUGGUGGAAGCCACCGUGGGAGACCGUGUCAGAGUCCCUGUGAAGUGCCUUGGUUACCCUCCUCCAGAAAUAAAAUGGUAUAAAAAUGGAAGACCCAUUGAGUCCAAUCACACAAUUAAAGUGGGGCACGUACUGACUAUUAUGGAAGUGAGUGAAAAAGAUACAGGAAAUUACACUGUCAUCCUUACCAAUCCCAUUUCAAAGGAGAAACAGAGCCACGUGGUAUCUCUGGUUGUGAAUGUCCCACCCCAGAUUGGUGAGAAAUCUCUGAUCUCUCCCGUGGACUCUUACCAGUACGGCACCUCCCAAACGCUGACGUGCACGGUCUAUGCCGUUCCUCCCCCGAGUCACAUCCAGUGGUACUGGCAGCUGGAAACAGAGUGUACAUACCAGCCCAUCCAAGCUGCCUUAACGACAAACCCACAUACCUGUAAAGAAUGGAGAAACGUGGAGGACUUCCAGGGGGGAAACAAUAUCGAAGUCAACAAAAAUCAAUUUGCCCUAAUUGAAGGAAAAAACAAAACUGUAAGUACCCUUGUUAUCCAAGCAGCCAAUGUAUCCGCUUUGUACAAAUGUGAAGCGGUGAACAAAGCUGGGAGAGGAGAGAGGGUUAUCUCCUUCCACGUGACCAAGGGUUUUGAAAUCACUUUGCAACCCGGCACCCAGCCCACCGAGCAGGAGAGCGUGUCUCUGUGGUGCUCCGCGGACCGAACUAUGUUUGAGAACCUCACGUGGUACAAACUUGGCCCACAGGCUCUGCCCAUCCACGUGGGAGAGCUGCCCACACCUGUUUGCAAGAACUUGGAUGCUCUUUGGAGAAUGAACGCCACGAUGAUCUCUAAUAGCACAAAUGACAUUUUGAUCAUGGAGUUGCAGAAUGCAUCCUUGCAGGACCAAGGAGACUACAUCUGCUUUGCUCAGGACAGGAAGACCAAGAAAAGACAUUGCGUGGCCAGGCAGCUUACAGUCCUAGAGCGCAUGGCACCUACAAUCACAGGAAACCUGGAGAACCAGACAACAAGCAUUGGUGAAACCAUCGAAGUUUCCUGCACAGCGUCUGGGAAUCCCCCUCCACAGAUUACGUGGUUUAAAGAUAAUGAGACGCUUGUGGAAGAUUCAGGCAUCGUGCUAAAAGAUGGGAACCGGAACCUAACUAUCCGCAGGGUGAGGAAGGAGGAUGAAGGCCUGUACACCUGCCAGGCAUGCAGUGUUCUCGGGUGUGCAAAAGUGGAGGCGUUUUUCAUAGUGGAAGGUGCCCAGGAAAAGACAAACUUGGAAGUCAUUAUUCUAGUCGGCACUGCAGUGAUUGCCAUGUUCUUCUGGCUACUUCUUGUCAUCGUUCUACGGACCGUUAAGCGGGCCAGUGGAGGGGAACUGAAGACGGGCUACUUAUCCAUCGUCAUGGAUCCAGACGAACUCCCCCUGGAUGAGCACUGUGAACGCCUGCCUUAUGAUGCCAGCAAAUGGGAAUUCCCCAGAGACCGGCUGAAACUAGGUAAGCCUCUUGGCCGUGGUGCCUUUGGGCAGGUGAUUGAAGCAGAUGCCUUUGGAAUUGACAAGACAGCAACCUGCAAGACAGUGGCUGUCAAAAUGUUGAAAGAAGGAGCAACACACAGCGAACACCGAGCCCUCAUGUCUGAACUCAAGAUCCUCAUUCAUAUUGGCCACCAUCUCAAUGUGGUCAAUCUUCUUGGUGCCUGUACCAAGCCAGGGGGGCCACUCAUGGUGAUUGUGGAAUUCUGCAAGUUUGGAAACCUGUCAACUUACUUAAGGAGCAAGAGAAAUGAGUUUGUCCCCUACAAGACUAAAGGGGCACGAUUCCGGCAAGGGAAAGAAUACGUUGGGGAAAUCACCGUGGAUCCUAAACGCCGCUUGGACAGCAUCACCAGUAGCCAGAGCUCAGCCAGCUCCGGAUUUGUUGAGGAGAAAUCCCUCAGUGAUGUGGAGGAAGAGGAAGUUUCUGAAGAUGUGUACAAGAACUUCCUGACCUUGGAGCAUCUCAUCUGUUACAGCUUCCAAGUGGCUAAGGGCAUGGAGUUUUUGGCAUCACGGAAGUGUAUCCACAGGGACCUGGCAGCGAGAAACAUCCUCUUGUCGGAGAAGAAUGUGGUUAAAAUCUGUGACUUUGGCUUGGCCCGGGAUAUUUAUAAAGACCCUGAUUAUGUCAGAAAAGGAGAUGCUCGCCUCCCUUUGAAAUGGAUGGCCCCGGAAACAAUUUUUGACAGAGUGUACACAAUUCAGAGUGACGUGUGGUCUUUUGGUGUCCUGCUCUGGGAAAUAUUUUCCUUAGGUGCUUCUCCAUAUCCUGGAGUAAAGAUUGAUGAGGAAUUUUGUAGGAGAUUGAAAGAAGGAACUAGAAUGAGAGCUCCUGAUUAUACCACACCCGAAAUGUACCAGACCAUGCUUGACUGCUGGCAUGGGGAGCCCAAUCAGAGACCCACGUUUUCAGAGCUGGUGGAACAUUUGGGAAAUCUGUUACAAGCGAAUGCUCAGCAGGAUGGCAAAGACUACAUUGUUCUUCCCAUAUCAGAGACUUUGAGCAUGGAAGAGGAUUCGGGACUCUCUCUGCCUACCUCACCUGUUUCCUGUAUGGAGGAAGAGGAAGUGUGUGACCCCAAAUUCCAUUAUGACAACACAGCAGGAAUCAGCACCUGUGCAUAAGGAAAGAGUUGGUAUGGUUUCUACAAUAUGACAUUAAAAUUGCCUUUUACUAAGCCUGUGACUACUUCACUUUGCUUUGUCUUGGGUGUUUUCCUCCUGUAACCAGACCCCUGGCGGCAUGAGCCCAGGCUGCCCCCCUUGAGUGUGCUGUGGCCGCAGAGGGGACCACGGAGUGCUAGCCUUUGGCCGGGUUGCCAGAUGGCAGGUGGGGAGUCACGCAGGACAGUUUGCCCCGUGGACUCGCACAGGGAGGGCAGCAGGAACGCUGCCGUGGGAGAGAAGAAAGCUCAGAGUGGGAAGAAGCCAACUCGUAAGCUGUCCAUUCCAUUUGUGUCAAGAACUUUCAGCAUUUUUCAAAGAACUUUUUCUUACCAGAUUUUGCCAAAGUUAGGCAAGGUAGAUACUAUUAUCUUUUGAUGUAGAUGUUGAACGUGAGUGUCAGAGCAGUUACCUGGGGAGAAUACAAUAUUGUGGUUAAAGAUCCAGAGUUUAGAGUCACGUGGAACUGGGUUGGAUUCCCAAGUCUGCCCUUCGCAGCUGUGACCUGGGGCAAAUUUUCACCGUGACCCAGGCAAGGACACUGGUGUUGUACAAAAAUGAUGACUUUGAGAGUUACAUGGUAUCAUGAGUUUCUAAGUGCCUGGCACCUAGAGAACACUCAAUAAACGAUAGCAAUUAAGUGAGCUGCUUAAAAUCACAUGGGAUGAAUCCAGUUCCUCUGAUAUCUAACUCAGGGCUGUUUUCUCCCAUACCAAGGAGGGGGCCUCAAAGAGAAAGAGGAAUGAAAUGAAAACCUGUAGUUGCACCCCAACGUUUAAAAAGUCCUUGUUCAAGUUCAGCUGGCCUUCUGGUGUGGUAAUUAUUCCCGAAACACUGUUGCCUUCUGUGUUAUCAGAAAGCCAUCUGAUGGUGAGCUGUGUUCCUUGGGUUCUUCCGUGACCAGGUGGGGCGAGGACUCAAGCCGGCAGCCUCUUGGCUUACUCAGGCGCUUUGCGUGUGGUGCCGAGAGUCAAUGAAGUCACAUAUGUGUAAUGGAAGUGCCAAAUGCGAUGCUGGAUCUGAAACAGGGCUGCCAACAUGUAUCCCCAGAGGCGUGGACAAAUGUGACACCACACUCCCAACACAGGCCUGGCUCCUGUUUUCUGUCUGUGAUUUUUGAAUUGGUCUUUCCAGUCCAGUUUCCCUUUUAUCCAGCUGUAAUUUGAAAACUAAAAUGGAAAUUGGAAUCUUUUGUCUGCAUCUCCACUCGACCCCCCCCCCCCACCUUUUUGCCUUUACUAAAACUAAGGCACCACGCUCACAUUUUAAUCGUCUGGGUUAAAGGAGAGGCAGAAUCGAGGCAUCUGCACACAGCACAUUUCAGUUGGAUGCUCUCUUGUGUUCUGCUUCCCUGGGGAAGAGGAAGUGAGGCUGGGGUGCCUCUCAAGGAACUUGUGCCCUUAUCUUCCAUGUUGCCAGUCAAGGAGAAGAGCCAAGGAGUCUUUCUCACUUGCUUCUUCAUAAUUUUCUAUUUCAUUGCAUUAUGAAUAGAGCUGGACAGAGACAUCCCCGUGGGAGCCAACCUCCUGAUUUUUUGCCAACCUCCUUUAAACUAUUUUUAAAAUAUUUGUUCAGCAUUUAUUUAGAGAAGAGGCUGAGAGAUAUGUGGGGGAAGGGUGAGGAGGAAGGACCACUAGUGUCUAGACUUAGGUUUGUCUCUAAUUUCCCCUGUGGAUCAGCUCUGGCCCCAAGUCUGCAUGCUUCCUGCAAGAAAACACAUCUUAAUUGGACUCAUCGUUCUUGGAGGACAGUUUGGGGACCAUCUGCGGUUGCUCCACCAAUUCCCCUGGGAGUUUCGUCUCCCACUCCAAGCAGCUUAUCAAAGAUUUCUUUUCAAUUCUCUCCCAGGGAAAGGUUCUGGCACAUAGCUUUUUUUUUUUUUUCAUUUUCGUUAAUUGCUAGCAAUGAUUUAAAUGCUCCUUGUAGAUUGAUGCCUGGGACAGCCUGCUGGCUAGAUUUUCCUGAAUUUGGCUCUGAUGUUAGACUGCUUGAAAUGAAACUGUCCUUUCUGCACCUUUUAUCUAUCUUUUUUUUUUUUAACAUCUUUAUUGGAGUAUAAUUGCUUUACAGUGGUGUGUUCGUUUC